AUGAUCAAUUCUUCCGAGAAAAUGACCAAUAUGAACGAGCACAAUGUAUAUUUCGGCACUGACUCGCUGAAAAAAUACUUCGACCCAGACUGUCAGCCUCCUUUGCCCCUCGUAGAGCUGCCACCUCAUUUGAACCCUUAUCAUCAAGAUGGGGUACGGAUAUAUGCCAAAAUGAUGACCAUGCAUCCAGCAAACAAUGUCAAGGCAAUGCCAGCAUUGAAUAUGCUCGAAUCUAGUGUUGUGCCUGGGGAGACAGACCGGAUCAUCGAAUACAGCUCCGGAUCAACAGUGAUUUCAAUGUCGAUGGUCGCUCGAGUCAUGCACGGAGUAAAUGACACACGGGCCUUUCUGAGCAACAAGACCAGCGAUGCAAAACUGAAGUUGAUGCAAUUCUUCGGUCUCGACAUUACGUUGUUUGGUGGACCAUCUCAACCAGAGCCAUUAGACGAAAGAGGCGGCAUCCAAAAUGCCCGAAGAAUGGCUCUGGAGUCAGAGACAAUUGUUAACCCCAACCAAUACGAAAACAACAACAACUGGCAGUCCCAUAUCCGAUGGACCGGACCACAGAUCUUCAAGCAGCUACCCGAAAUAAACGUUCUCUGUGCUGGUAUGGGCACUUCUGGUACCAUGACCGGUUUAGGGACAUAUUUCAAAGACGUGAAGCCAUCCGUUCAUCGACUUGGUGUUUGCACAGCCCCAGGUGACCGGGUACCUGGGCCCAGGUCGUAUGCUCUAAUGCGCCCUGUUGAGUUUCCCUGGAAAGGAGCGGUGGAUACCAUCGAAGAAGUUGGAUCGGCCGAGUCAUACACUCACUCCCUAAACCUAUGCCGAGAGGGAUUAGUGUGUGGGCCAUCGUCCGGAUUCAACCUCCAAGGGCUCUUCCAGAUGCUAGCAAAGAGCAAGGCUGCGGGAACGCUAUCUGAUCUUGCAGGUCCAGAUGGCACAACUCAUUGCGUGUUCCUCUGCUGCGACCUACCAUACCAGUACAUUGAUGAGUACUUCCAAAAGCUGGGCGAGCAGCAAUUCCACCCAAUCCGAAACGAGGUAAAUAUCACCUCCAUGACGUCUUGGCCAGUUCAUCCCUGGACGAAAGCAAAAGAAAAAAAAGCUAACUUAUCCACCUUUCCUCAGCGCCUGACGAAAGUUGACCUGUACCGAUAUGACGAGAGCUGGGAGCGGGACGCAUUAGAGGUCCUGCCCCAAUUUUAUGGAUCACCGCGAUCCCUUGCGCAAAGCCUAUUGAGCGAGAUUGUCCUCAAGCCACAGAACCGGGUUCUGGACCUGCGCCAACCGGAAGAUUUUUCGGCAUGGCACCUCCCCGAUUCAAUGAAUCUACCAUUAUCUAGUGUUGGGCCUCACAGCCCGUCACCGUUUUCGGAUCCGACUGUUCUGGAGGCGCAAUGGGUGGAGCUGGAGAAGAUCUUCAACGAUGACGUCUUGGUUUCAGAUCUGGGGCAGCAUCACAUCCUCGUGGUAUGCUACGAUGGGGAUUCGGCACGCGUGGCUACCAGCGUUCUUCGGGCGAAGGGCCUCGAAGCAGAUAGCGUGCGUGGAGGCCACCGUGCGCUGAGAAUGUGUGAAAUCGGGAGUGAGACCCCGAUAUCCACUUCUAAGGGGCCUAUCACGGCUACAGUUUCUGUUGCAGUAGUUCCCCUUGAAUAG